UGAUGUGUCUGAUAUGCCCAUUACUGGUUGUACUGAGUCUGCUCCAGCCUCCAUUCCCCUGAUUGAAGACCACGACUAUGCAGCAAGUCCUUUGAUUGUGGUAGAUCGCAUUAAAUAUGAAACUAUGUCACGGGAGAUUGAGGAGCUUAGACGGCAGCUUGAGUCGUAUCAUUUGACGCAGGGAUUUGGACUGCAGCGAUUUGCCACAUCACCUGAGGACAUUCGGUACUAUACAAGAUUUCCGUCAUAUGAGCAUUUGAUGGCCUUUUGGAAUCUAAUCCAAGAGGCAACAAGCAGGAUGGUGAGGGUCACCAGUGGUCAGAAGAGCCUUUCCACCAGCACAUCCACCGAGAGCCCUGUAAACAGACCAACUAAAUUGUUGCCAAUUGAUGAGCUCUUCUUGUUCCUGAAUUAUCUGGCAACCGGCUGUACACAAAGGGAGCUUUGUCACAAGUUUAACAUCCACAGAGCUACAGUGAGUAGAAUACUUGUGUCAUGGCCCAACUUUUUGUACACUUUGCUUGGAUCUGUCUCCGUCUGGAUGGCACCUGGCAGAGUGAGAGCAAACUGCCCCGCGGAUUUUAGUGGGACUUAUAAAAAUACCCAGGUCAUUCUGGACUGUACUGAAAUGAGAUGCCAAACUCCCUCCUCCCUUCUGCUCCAGAGCGAGGUAUUUUCAACUUACAAGUUGCACUCCACUUUCAAAGCGCUUAUUGGCAUGUCCCACCAUGGAGCAUUGACAUUUGUCUCAGCACUUUUUUAAGGCUCCAUCAGUGACAAGGAGAUUUUCCGUCACUCUGGCAUCACCUCCCUCCUGACACCUGAGAUGGAUAUAAUGAUGGACAAAGGGUUUCUGGUAGAUGAGCUAGUGCCUGGGAAAGUCCAUCGCCCAGCCUUUUUGUCCAAGCAAGCUCAAAUGUCAGAGUUGGAUGUCCUUAGAACCCAGUCCAUUGCACGUCUGAGGGUCCACGUGGAGAGGCUCAUCAGGAGGGUUAAAGAAAACAAACUUUUUGACACUGUCAUCCCUCUCUCCAUUUCUGGGAGUAUAAACCAAAUUUUUACUGUUGCAUGUCUCCUCACAAAUUAUCAAUACGGACCACUGGUCAAAAAAUGGGUGGUUGAUUAAAAGUUUGAAAUGUGUGUAGUGUAGUGUGUUUAGUGGGAGAAGUAGCCAGUUUUGGGAGAAUACUUUACAAUUGUAUUUAGUUACUGAAUACUUAAUUCUUGCCUUUAAAUGUAUUUUGUAGCACAUUCCAUUACUUUGUCUAGUCAGAAUACUGUAUUCUGAAUACUUUGAAUAUCUUUAGAAUGUUGUUAUUAUUUUAAAUUCAUGUAUUUAGUUACUCUCCAAGAAUUUAAGUAGCAAAUUUUGUUACUUAAGUAAAAUUGAUCAACAGCUA